ACUUCAAGAUGACAGGAAGAGAGUUUCUUGAACUAGAUUCUCCACAGCAAGGACUAUUUUUGGACAGACUUAAACGGAUGGAAAUCAUAGAAAAGAUGUUUAAUGAGCUUCCUAAAGCAGAUCAGAACCUUUGCAAUCAUGGACCAUACUUCCUAGCAGCAAAUUCAAGCUUAUGUGGUUUAGCAGCAAAUAAUUUCUUAAGGAAAAUCCUACAUGUCAGAAAGGCUUCCAUAGCGUCUGCUCUGCCAAUGGCUGCAAUUCCAUUCCUUUCAACAGCAGCAGUUUUUGACGUUUUUGUGCGUGACCCUAUAUUUUCAGGGCAGCUGAACUGUGAGGUCUGCGCUGUGGUCCGAGGAGGAUUAGUAGGGGCUGUUGUGGGUGGUCUCUAUCCCAUUUUCAUGUCUAUCCCCUUGAAUGCAAGUCUUGCAGCCAGGUAUAUGUCAUCUCCCUUGCCAGGGAAAGAAAAUGUAUUACGCUUCUGGCUCACAAUUGCUCAGCCUGUCUUUAGAAAGAUGAGUCUGGGUGUGCUGAUACAGGCUCUAACUGGAUUGUAUCUUGCCACUAAACAACAUGGAGUGUAUAUCAAAAUACUGCAGCAGAUGAGUACUAGCAGUGAUCCUGAACUGCUUCAAGAAUGAAGUUAAACAACUUUUCAAUUGCCUUGGAUAAAUAACCACAAUAAAAAAG